UGUAUUAAGGAUGUUGUUUUCUAAGUUUGGCUUGUUAUUGUUGAGAAAACGAAAUGCUAGCAAGCUAGCAAUAGCUUAUAUACUACACAUUAAUGCAGAUAAUGCAAUGAAUGCAGUAGGGCAGUAGUUUGUUAUGGUUGUUAUUAAAAGGCGUGUGAAUGGAUAAAGCAACUUAUUGUUGGCAUUCGCUACCAGACACCUGCACUGCAAUUAGUUAGCUAAAGCUACGCUACAGUGGAGAUAGGUCUGGCAAUGUGAGACUAUAACGCUAAUGCAUGUGUAGCAAGCUAACGUUAACUGUUAGUAGCAUCUUAAAAGGAAAUUGGGAAAAAUGUUUAAACGUUAAGGGAGUUAGCGUUAGAUAGGUUAGGGUUGCCACCUAGCUAUAUUAAUUGAACUCCCUUCGUUGAAGUAGCUAGUUAUACUGUUAAAGGCUGGCUUAGAGCCUAUAACGUUAUUGCCUAAGUUAAAGUCAAAUAAUCUACAGUUAAAUAAUAACCGAAUUCAUGGUUUAAUUGCUCUCCUUUAAUUACAUCACUGGUUAGAAGCUUUUUGGAAAAAGAGGAUUCAGUUAAGAUAAUAUUGCGCAACAAUGGUGCUCCUCUCCUCGCCUGCCUACAGUACAGAAGCUGUACUGAACGAGCUGGGAGCAGCACCACCACGUUUCUGCUACAGCUCGCUUUCCGUUAUCUCCUGAUCGUCUAAAUGCGGCAUCUAUCUUCAUCUUGAUGCGCCUGCUGCUCCUCCUCCUCCUCAUGGAACAGCAGAAACAGCAGUGAUGGGGAAGACCACCAUGUAGAGACAGAGAGGCAGCAGAGGCAACAGCAGAAUAGCAGCAAUGGGAAGCCACACAUGGAGAGGGUCUGGACUGCAGCCGUGGUGAGCCUGAGACCUACAGGACUUGCAACCAUCAUUGCCCUUCUCAGGACCUGACCACUGGGGCUGUCCAACGCUCACCUGGAUGCUCCCCACUUGUGUUUCGUCAUCCCCUCCUCUCCUUGUUCUCUGCUGCUCUUUCUCCACUUCUUCUGUUUCUUCUCUUUAAUAGUUUUUGGUCUGCCGAUAUCUGAUAGUCUCUCUUGAAACAGAAGCUGUUCCUCGAUUGAUCCCCCUCGGAUUUUUCCACCCUUUUUAAUCUCUCCAUCUGCCUAUUUUAACUACAAGUGGCAUUCUUUUUUUCUCUUUGCCUGCUUGAUACCCAUUUUGGAUGAGACUGACCCUAUCGCUCGGGUGUGCAAGCUUUUGAUUGAUCUAUAAGCAAUAACAAACACUAAUCUAACUGAUUUGACUAGCCGACAUCAUGGGGGACAUGUCGAACAGCGGUUUUUAUGCCAAGAACCAAAGAAACGAGGACAACCAUGCGGCAGGCUUCGGCUGCUCCGUCAUGGAGCUGCGCUCCUUGAUGGAGCUGCGUGGCACAGAGGCAGUGGUCAAGCUCCAGGAGGACUACACAGGCGUAGAGGGACUGUGCAAACGACUGAAAACCUCACCCACAGAAGGUCUCGCAGGUGUCCAAAUUGACCUGGACAAGAGAAGAGAAAUAUAUGGUAAAAACCUGAUACCUCCAAAGACGCCAAAAACCUUCCUGCAGCUGGUAUGGGAGGCCCUGCAGGACGUCACCCUCAUCAUUCUGGAGAUAGCUGCCCUGAUCUCCCUGGGACUCUCCUUCUACCACCCUCCCGGAGAGAGUGGCGGAGAGUCCUGUGCCACGGGGGCAGGGGGGGUGGAGGACGAGGGCGAGGCGGAUGCUGGCUGGAUCGAGGGAGCAGCUAUCCUGUUGUCUGUGGUGUGUGUGGUGCUGGUGACGGCCUUUAACGACUGGUCGAAGGAGAAGCAGUUCCGUGGGCUGCAGAGCCGCAUUGAGCAGGAGCAGAAAUUCCAGGUGGUCCGCGGUAGUCAGGUCAUACAGUUGCCUGUGUCGGACAUAGUGGUGGGGGAUAUUGCACAGAUCAAAUACGGCGAUUUGCUUCCCGCUGAUGGAGUGUUGAUCCAGGGCAAUGACCUGAAGAUUGAUGAGUCAUCACUGACCGGAGAGUCUGACCACGUCAAGAAGUGUGCAGACAUGGACCCCAUGCUGUUGUCUGGCACCCAUGUGAUGGAGGGGUCAGGGCGCAUGGUGGUGACUGCUGUUGGUGUCAACUCUCAGACUGGAAUCAUCUUCACCCUGCUGGGGGCCGGCACAGAGGAAGAAGAGAAAAAAGAAAAGAAAGGAGGGGCAGUGGAAGACGGACACCAGAAUACAGACUCCCAUCCCCCUAUCCACCCCAUCGCAACUAUAGCCACGGAUGGGGCUGCAGGCUUUAAUACCCCUGGCAUUGCCAGUCUUAAUAAUGGUAAAAUGCAAGAUGGCAAUAUGGAGAGCAACCAGAUUAAAGUAAAGAAGCAGGACGGAGCAGCUGCCAUGGAGAUGCAGCCUCUAAAGAGUGCUGAAGGUGGAGAGUCUGAUGAGAAAGAGAAGAAGAAAAGGGUGCAUGGUUCUAAGAAAGAGAAAUCUGUGCUCCAAGGGAAGCUGACCAAACUUGCUGUCCAGAUUGGCAAAGCAGGUUUGCUCAUGUCAGCCAUCACAGUCAUCAUCCUGGUCCUGUACUUUGCAAUUGACAACUUUGUGCUGCAAAAGCAGCCUUGGCUGCCAGAGUGCACUCCCAUCUACGUCCAGUACUUUGUCAAGUUCUUCAUCAUCGGUGUGACUGUGUUGGUGGUGGCUGUUCCAGAGGGGCUGCCACUGGCUGUCACCAUCUCCCUGGCCUAUUCUGUUAAGAAAAUGAUGAAAGACAACAACCUGGUGCGUCACCUGGAUGCAUGUGAAACGAUGGGCAAUGCUACAGCCAUCUGCUCUGACAAGACAGGCACGCUAACCACUAACCGCAUGACGGCUGUGCAGUGUUACAUGGGAGAUGUGCACUACAGAGAAAUCCCAGAUCCUGGAGCUCUGUCACCCAAAUUACUGGACUUACUUGUCAAUUCCAUCUCCUUAAACAGCGCCUAUACCACCAAGAUACUGCCCCCAGAUAAGGAAGGCGGUCUGCCGAAGCAGGUGGGCAACAAGACAGAGUGUGGCCUGCUGGGAUUGGUCUUGGACCUCAAGCGGGACUACCAGCCAAUAAGAAACCAAAUCCCAGAAGAGAAGCUUUACAAAGUCUACACUUUCAACUCUUCCAGGAAGUCCAUGAGCACUGUCAUCAAAUUGUCUGAUGGGAACUUCCGCAUGUACAGCAAGGGAGCCUCUGAGAUCGUCCUCAAAAAAUGCAACCAUAUCCUGAACGAGGUGGGCGAGGCAAGGGUUUUCCGUCCACGCGACAAGGACGAGAUGGUGAAGAAGGUGAUCGAGCCCAUGGCGUGUGAAGGCCUGAGGACCAUCUGUGUGGCGUACCGUGACUUCUCCGGUGAUCCCGAGCCCAACUGGGACGAUGAGCCCAGUAUCCUUAACAACCUCACAGCAAUCUGUGUUGUUGGGAUAGAGGACCCUGUCAGGCCAGAGGUGCCCGAUGCUAUAUUGAAGUGCCAGCGUGCAGGCAUCACAGUGCGCAUGGUGACAGGAGACAACAUAAACACAGCCAGGGCCAUAGCCAUUAAGUGUGGUAUCAUCCACCCCGGAGAGGACUUCCUCUGUAUUGAUGGCAAAGAGUUCAACAGGAGGAUCCGCAAUGAGAAAGGGGAGGUGGAGCAGGAACGUAUGGACAAGGUUUGGCCUAAACUCCGAGUUCUGGCCAGAUCUUCCCCAACCGAUAAACACACACUCGUCAAAGGCAUUAUUGACAGUACUAUAGCAGACCAGAGGCAGGUUGUGGCUGUGACAGGAGAUGGUACCAAUGAUGGACCUGCACUUAAGAAAGCUGAUGUCGGCUUCGCCAUGGGUAUUGCUGGUACAGAUGUGGCCAAGGAGGCAUCAGAUAUCAUUCUGACUGAUGAUAACUUCAGCAGCAUUGUUAAAGCAGUAAUGUGGGGCCGGAACGUCUACGACAGCAUCUCCAAGUUUCUUCAGUUCCAGCUUACUGUCAAUGUUGUGGCUGUCAUAGUGGCUUUCACUGGCGCUUGCAUCACACAGGACUCUCCCCUGAAGGCCGUGCAGAUGUUGUGGGUAAACCUGAUUAUGGAUACUUUUGCAUCUCUGGCCCUGGCGACAGAGCCUCCCACAGAGUCUCUGCUAAUGAGGAAACCAUACGGUCGCAACAAGCCUCUCAUCUCCAGCACCAUGACAAAGAAUAUCCUGGGACAUGGAGUCUUUCAGCUCAUCAUCAUCUUCACACUUCUCUUUGUUGGUGAGAAGAUCUUUGACAUUGACAGCGGCCGUAAUGCUCCUCUCAAUUCUCCCCCAUCUGAGCACUACACCAUCAUCUUCAACACCUUCGUCAUGAUGCAGCUCUUCAACGAGAUAAAUGCCCGCAAAAUCCAUGGAGAGAGGAACGUCUUUGAUGGUAUCUUCAGGAACCCCAUCUUCUGCAGUAUAGUUUUUGGCACCUUUGCUAUGCAGAUUGUGAUUGUGCAGUUUGGAGGGAAGCCAUUCAGCUGUCAACCUCUGAACCUGGAAAAGUGGAUGUGGUGUGUUUUUCUUGGGCUGGGAGAGCUUGUCUGGGGACAGGUGAUAUCCACCAUACCCAAUAGCAGGUUGCGUUUCCUGCGGAGGGCAGGCCAGUUAACUCGGAAAGAUGAGUUACCAGAGGAGGACGCUAAUGAAGACAAUGAGGAGAUUGACCACGCAGAAAGGGAGCUGAGGAGAGGACAGAUCCUCUGGUUCAGAGGACUCAACCGCAUUCAGACUCAGAUUGACGUAGUGAACACCUUCAAGAGUGGCACCUCAUUUCAGGGGGCGGGGGUUCUGAGACGCCAAUCAUCCACCACCAGCCAGACCCAGGAUAUCCGCGUUGUGAAUGCAUUCCGUAGCUCCCUCUAUGAAGGCCUGGAGAAACCAGACCCCCGAUCAUCCAUCCACAACUUCAUGACACACCCUGAGUUUAGGAUAGAAGACUCCACGCCCAGCAUUCCCCUCAUUGACGACACAGACGAGGAUUCUGCUCGGAGGAGGAAGUACUCCAGCCAGCCCUCAUCCCCCAACAAGAAUAACAACGCCAUUGACAGUGGCAUCAAUCUCACCAUUGACACCAGUAAAUCAGCCGCCUCCUCCAGCCCCGCCAGCCCUCUUCACAGCUUGGAGACCAGCCUCUAACCCUGAUCCUAACCUGAGCUCUAACCUCUAAUGUUGUUUUCUUGGAGUCUGGAGGCACAUUCCCUAAUUCCUCCAGACCUUUAACUGCAACCUUACACCUUGUCACCCCCAACAUUUCAACCAGUCCAGCUGAAUUCUCAUUUUCAAGCCCCCUCCCUCCAAACCCCAUUUACUUACCUACACAGGACAGGUCCUUUCCCCACUUAACCUUGAGCUCUUUAAGCUCUACUCUCCUCUUGAAAUGGAGAAGUCUAAAGUAAUAUGGCAAGGUGAAAUGAAAAACAAACUUAUCAUGCGAUCAAAAAAGCGCAACAAAGCCACAAAACCUACACAGCCAUCCUGCUUUUGUGGUUCUAUGUGGCAGCAGUGGUGGUGGGUUAGACUAUAUGCGUGUGAGCAUGUACUGUGUAAGAGUGGCGCUGACUGCACACAUGUACUGUAUGAACUGCGUCUUUAGUGGCACUGGUAGGAGGACGAUGAGGAGGGAGACACUGCUGAGGAGUAAAAAUCACGAAACAGGACAGACACUAAACUCCCCUUACACUUCCUCUCCUCAACAACAAAAUUGUCAAUACUGAUAAUAGUUUAAAUUAAAUUAUAAAAACAUUGUUAUUAUUCUGAUUCUGAUUAUUAUUAUCGUUAUUAUUAUUGUUGCUCCUGCAUGAAUGUACAUUACCCAAGUUUUAUUUAAAAGGCUUUUAAUUUUAUUGGAGUUCUUUCGUUCUGAUGGGCUAGGUCUUGUGGCGGACUACUAAUUUAAAGACAGCUUCUCUGAGUUCCUGGCCUGCAAAGUUCCCUCUUCUGUGUGGCAUGAACAUGUACCCGACUGUAAAAAAUGUAUUUCAUCCAUAAACAGAAAUGUGUAAUAAGGUGGUAGGGCUCAACUUGCACAGUAGUUUUGCACCUGUCGGAAAAGAGGAACGCAAAAUAAUAAUGAUGAUGAUAGC